CUGAGGGGAUAGAGAUGUCAUCUAAACUGCCAAGACCAAGAUCAAGGUACCGAGGGGGGCGUGUUGUGUUUAUGCCGAUCAAGUAAACACCACCAUGUCACCACGGCGCCGCCACCACCUGCACACCCUGGAGGAGCUCAGUCUGCGGGUGGUGUUCGAGUCAGUGGUGGCUGACCUCAAUCUCGCUCACCUCCUUGCCUCUGACCUACGGCACUCUACCCUGCUGGCACCCCUGCGGCUCUCUUCCCCUGAUGCCUUGAGACAGUCUGUGGCUGCUCGUCUUGCUAACUUACCUGGGAUUAUGAAUGACCAGGUGCGGCAUCGACUCAUCCAGCGUCUGUUCAGUGUGGCACACCCUGACCGAUGGCUCAAUGCAAAGCUGGAUGUCCUCAAGGUACUGGUGGACAAGAGCAUCACCACCCUGGACUGCCGACAACAGGCACUUCCUCGGCAGGUAUUGGAGGUAGUGGCAAUGUCCUGCCCUGCCCUCACCUCCCUCAAGGUUGUCAUAGAACAGGAAAGCUCAGGUAGCGGAGUGGAGUGGAAGGGAGACAGCCAGCCAGACCCGAAGACCCCCUCUGCUUGCUCCCUUCCCAGCCCCAGAACUGCAAGAAGGAAGGCAUCACAUAAUCUGCCUUGCCUCACAACCACACCAUCCCAUGAGUGUCUGGCUGGGCUGACAAGGCUCACCACUCUCCAUCUGACCAACGGGGCCACAAAUGAGGUGCUGGCGGCCCUGGGGGAGUCUAUACCCGGCCUGAGGGAGCUGCGGGUUUGCUACAGUUUUGCUGUGACGGACGCUGGGCUGACAGCACUGUGCCUGCGAGGGGCGUCCAUGCCGUGGCCUCUGGUUCCCCGUGGCCUGUACUGGCUCGACCUGCUGCCCUCACACUUCAAUCGCUGCUGCUCUGUGCUAGAGGAGGUGGACAUCCUGGGCACACGAGUGAGUCACUUCGGUCUUGCCUUCCUCUUGAGACACCUCCCGGCCUUGCGUUCUCUUGGCCACUCUCCCCUUGUCACCUCAGCCAUUGAGCUCCUUGUGUCUUGGCGGCCGGCUCCCGCUGGCACCUUCACCACACGGCUACGCAAGUUAAGAGAUGACGACGUGUCCGGCCCAAGACUAAUGACCAUUGCCCUCCACUGUCCUGACCUCCGUGACAUGAGCCUGACCCACACCUUCCAGGAGGCCGACCUGACCUCACGCCACUCCCACAUCACUGGUCAUGUUGCUAAUCUCAAGCAUCUUAAGCACCUCAGUCUAGUCAAUGUGACAGCACAGUCUGUCUCGGAGAUGGUAACUGUUGUUGGGCGUCAACUCACAGCUCUCACAGUCAGCUGCCGACACCUGGACGUGGCUCUCAUUUUUACCACCUGCAAGUCACUGCGACACCUCACUCUGGAGGGCGAAGACUGCCAGGCUCCCCUCACAGCCGUCGAGAGCUUCAAACGUGCUGCACUGACGAAACUGCAGGUGGUGAAGAUAAAGUGUGUUUUGCCUCCAGCGUACACUGAUGUUAUCUUCACCAAUGCACUUGCCCUCACUGAUGUGGAGAUUGUUUUUCUGCGUGAGAUGCGAGACUCCCAGAUAACUCAGCUGGUGCGCAAUAAAAGCCUGCAGAAGGUACAGGAGUUCACAGUCCGGCUGGCCCCUAAAUUGACAAUAGACUCAGCCCGUGUCUUGGUGCGAGGGUGUCCCAGGCUUCAGCACCUCAAGGACCUGGGAGGUUGGGACGUCACCGUGGAGGAAUACACUCAGUUCCUGCAGGAGAUCAAAAGGGAGAAUUAUGAUGUCCAUGUAACCUACACAUCUCGCCGGGCAGCCAGCGAACACGAGCCACAGGAGAGGACCAUUUGGGAUCUUGACCCUCUGCAUCGCUUUGAUCGCAUGGCUCUGCGACGCUCCCUAGGGAACCUCCUGCCCCUGGUGGUCCUGUGAGGCACAGUCCACCCACCCCUGUCUGUCUGUGAACACCUUCUGUGAUGUUUGUGAUGUCUUCUUCAUCCUACAGUGAGCAGCUGUCUGUGAGUCUGUGAUGUGCUGUGUGAUAUCACCAAUACCACCAACAUCACCUCUUUUGGGAUGCUCCUUCAUGCUCCUCUGCUUCCCAUGCUCUAAGUUACCAUACCAUCACCAUCUUCUUUUUGGGAACUUUAUUUCAUGCCUCUUAUAUGUCCAGUAAUGGUAUUACCACCAGAUUUAUCUUUUUUUUUUCUUUUUUUUUUUUUUUGCUCCUCUUCAUGUCCUUUUCUGUUCUAUGUCCUGCUGUAUUAUAAUACCACCAUCCUUAGCCAUCACCAUUACCAGAAUCCUUUGCUACCACUUUCACUAUCAUCCCUUGCCACCACUGUCACUUUCAUCCUUUACCACCACCACAGCCAUCACUAAUACCAUAAUCUCCCUUAGCACUUCCUCUCCUAACUUUCAGGUGGCUCUGGUGUAGUGCUCAGCUCAUUGCCAGAAGGUUGUGAGUUUGAUUCUGGCUCCUUAUGGCAGUUUCUUAAUGGGGGAAGGAAUGCUUUUUUUUUUUUUUUUUUUUUUUUUUUUUUGUAACCCUAGCCAGUGCCAUAUGACCUUGUUGUUGUGACACCUUAAUCAUUAUCCAACUCAUACUGUGGUAAAGUUAUUUUUGUACCUGUGUGUGAGUGUUAGAGGCAACCUAACCUGCCUCACAUCCUCACUGGAGUGGGUUUGGGAUUGCUUUGUUUACCUGAGUGAAACUAAUCUCGUCAUAAAUUUUACAUAUCAGAUAGCCCUUGUUUGUUUAUGGAAGAAUGAGGAUGUGUGAUGUUGCAAUGUGUAUUCCAGAGUUAUGAUGUGCCAGAGGAAUGUACAGUACACAAUAGUCUUUUUUUAGGUGAUGUUAGUUUUAUUAUCAAAAUGUACUAGCCAGUGUCUGUCUAAGGAAGGAUGAGGAUGUGUGAUAUUGUAAUGUGCAGUCCAGAGUCAUGGUUUGGAGGAGGAUCUUGUAUAUUAGUCUUUCUGACACCUACUCAGUAGUCUGAUAUGAAACUAGUGAUAACAAGCACCUGAAUGCCAAAUGGUCUCUUUUUGAAGGUGAUGAAGAUGUGUGGUUAGGUUGUAUUAUGUGUUCAAGAGGUUCCAUUUGCAGGGAGAAAGCUACACAGCAGUCUUUCUUGAUAUGUAGCUAGUCUAGUCAUUAAACUCAUAUGAAUAUUAGCUUGUGUCUCUUUCAGGAAGGUUGAGGAUGCAUAGACAUAUUGUAAUGUACUUUACACAAUUGUGAUAUGUAGGAGAAAUUUGUCUAACAGUCUUUCUGAAAUAUGUAGUAUAGCAGUUUUUUUUUUUUUUUUCAUAUCUACAUAUAUAAAACCAGUCUGGUUAUUAAACUCACAUACUUGCUUGCCUGUAUGCCUGUGUAUGUUUAAGGAAGGUUAAGGGUGUGUAAUGUUGCAUUGUGUAUUUCAGGAACACAAUUUGCAAGAGAAGUAUACUCAUUAGUCAUUCUCAAUAUAGCUAGUCUUGUCAUGGAAAUAUUUGCUAGCCACUGACUAUUCAAGGAAGGAUAAGAGUAUGUGGUGUUGCAGUGUGUGUUCCAGUUAUGAUUUGCAAAGAGGCAUACAGACAUACUUAUUUCUUGAUAUUGUAUAGUCAUGGGAAUAUUUCUUAGCCAUUGUCUAUUGAAGGAAGGAUAAGGAUAUGUGGUGUUGCAGUGUGUUCCAAUCAUGAUUUUGUAGGGAAACACGUACAUGGUUCAGUCUUUCUUGAUAUGAACUUAGUCUAGUCAUUAAUCUCAUAUAUCUGCCAGCCAGUGUUUGUUUAAUGAGUGAUAAGAGUAUGUGUUCUUGUUGCUAUGUGCUAGUCUUAAUUUGCAGGGAAAACCUACAUAGCUCUCUUUCUGUGAGGUUAAUCUAGUCAUUAAUAAAACACUUGCUUGUCUGUCAGUGUCUGUUUAAGGAUGGUUGAGGUUACUUGACCAUUUUGCAGUGUGAGUUCAUCAUCAUCAUUUAGUUUAAUAUAGGAUGGAUUAUGAAUCUUACAUUUUGCAAUUAUUGAUGUAUCUCUUCCCUAAUGUUCAUCCCUUUCAUGUCUUCCUCCACACACACUGUAUCUAAGUCUUUUUUCAGUCUUGCAGUGUGAUUUCCAGUUAUGAUAUUAAAGAGAAACAUGCAUAACAGUCUCCUUUAAUAGAAGCAAGACUGAAUGACUGGUCUGUUCUGUUAUUCUGUGCUACUAUAAAGGAACCAUAUUCUGAAACACUUCUGAUUGGACCUCCACUGCUUUCAAAAGGCUCUACUUGAAGUGAAACUUGUUUUUAAAGAUGUUUUCAUGAUUCUGGAGACAGAUGAACAAUAUUAACAAGAGAAACACUAUUGAUAACCUGGCUAAUCAUCUCUGUGGCCUUUGAAAGUAGUCAUCGUGAGAGAACAAAGUGUUUCAGAAUACAGGCCUUUGUGUCAUGGUCUUUAGUGCGGCAGUUUUGCCAUAUGGGGACAUCAGAACAUGUUAACAUCGUCACUGGACAGUUAGCUUUCUUGUUAAUUGGUAUACUCAUUCCAGUCUGCGUACUGACUAAUAUCCCUUCCAAAAAUCUUGUUUGUCCUGAUGCGCACAAAUAAUCCUGUAUACAAAUAAAUGAUUGAGAGUU